AUUAAUAUGUGUAAAAGCAGCGGGACUAGUUGAGCUCUAAAGCCACUGUAGAAGUCGCAGCAGAGGAAAUCUCCUGUGGUGUCCUGUCAGAUCACUAUUGCUACGGUCUUCAGUAUAGUUCGUAAAAACUAAGCCAUGAAUUUUGGAGACCUCAUUUCAUAUCGGCGUCCUGGGUACACACACUGGGCAGUGUUCACCGGGAAGAAUGAAAAGGGACAAGAUACAGUUGUCGAGUUUGCAGGUGAAAGCGGAUUAAACAGUAAAGCAGGAGCCAAGGUGAAGGAAGGUCUGCUCCAGCCUGGUGGCAAAGUCGACAAUCAAUUGGAUUCGAAAUUACCACGAAAAUCUGACUCAGAAAUGAAAGCAACUAUUAAAGAGAUGAUGGGUGAUGGUGCUGGAAAAUACGGAGUACUCGACAACAACUGUGAGCACCUAGUCACACGUAUUCGCUACGGGAUUCCCAGAUCACUACAGGCAGAAAAAGUUAUCGAGUCGAAUGUCCAGUUUCAUGGAAACCUUACCAGUGAACUUUCUGAUACAUUCGGUGCAACUUUCCAUCCACCAUCACCACUCUCAAAAUUUAAAUAAUUUCUUUAAUCUGAAUACCUCCUUCACUGCACUUGUAGUGAAUGUUUUUUUAUUCAAUCAUAUUAAAGUUGAUUUGGCUGCACUGUGUAAUAUGCACUGUUCCUAACACGAACACACACACAGGAAUACAUUUGUGAGACUAAAACAAACGCAUCUCUUAUAAUUUGUCAAAUAAAAUAAUCCAAAAUGCAGAUCCACCACAAAAAUAAAUUGAUGACACUGAAAACAAUGUGUACACGCACAAAAAUAAAUUUGGCUCAUAAACAAGAUGACAUGUGUAUUUGUACUCAAUAUGUAAUAAAACUGUUCAUUUCUGGUCA